UCAACAUGGAGACAACAGUUGAAAAGCUCGAGGCGAUGUUCCUGAAGUCAGAGGCAGACCUGGAUUGCAUUGAGAAGUGGCUGAAGCUGGACUUCAUGAACACUGGAGAGAAUGGAUGUCCAGCUGAGGAGAACCCGGUGGUGAUGCUGGAGAAAGUGAAGGCCAUCAAGGACAAACACUCCACGCUGUGCGCUCAGGUCAAGGAGAUUGCAGCUGCACAGAAACAAUCCAUGGACUCAAUCAGAAACAACCUCAACAGUGCCAUGGAGCUGAUCCAACACUUCCAACAGACGACUGAUGUGAAGGUUGAGGCACUGACGGCGUCGGAGAAGGACUCAGUGGCACUACUGGGCUCAGCUGUCAGUCACAACACAUCAGGUGUUAAACUAAUGUUUGCAGCCUGCUCACUUUCUAAAUGUUUUCUUCCAGGUAUCCUCUUGUGUAGGAGGUUCUGGCCAGCAGCAGUCAUAGAUUUGCAGACAAUGAAGCAGCUGAAAAUGAAGGCGAGUGAUGCCAAGCUGAAGAUCCUGGAGCAUCUCUGGAUGGAAAAGGCCGCAUUCAACUUGUGAUGUCAGGAGGAUCAACACCUGUGAACUGCUGACAGGAUCAGUACCAUCAGUGAGCAUCCGAUUUGGCUGCUUCUAUAUCUGUUGCAGAAGCUCUGAGGGCACGGACCGAUUAGAUGCAUCCAGACCACCAAAUGUUUCUGUGCACAACAACUGAUGUGAAUUGAACAUUAUCUCAGUCCUCUUCCAGAUCAUAGAUCUGUUUUAGUUUUGUCUUCUGUGCCUCCUGCCUGUGUUUCCUAAGUACUGCCCAUUACUGAUCGCCUCCCACUGCAGGUAUACUCUAUAAAGUGUGGCUUUAUGGUCUGUUGAAUCUGCAUGUCAGAUGGCCAGAUAGCUUUAAAAAGCCCCACCAUCCACACAUUUAGAUGUCAGCUAGUGGGUAACUGUAUUGCUUAUUAUCAGUGACUUUAAAGUAUCAAACCAUUUCAUACUGCAGCCAUUCUAAAUGGUGUUUUAUUAUAUGACUAUUUUCUCCCUGCAGAUGACACACAUUUAGCAACUCUAGAAUGAAGUCAAACAGACUGAGUUAUGAUACAUGCCUGUCUCUCUCCAAAGGACCUCAGUCUCCUCAGCAGGUGGAGACGACUUUGGCCCUUCUUGUACAGGACCUCUGUAUUAUGUGACCCGUUCAGUUUGUUGUUGAGGUGAACACCCAGGUAUUUGUAUUUGUCCACCAUCUCUAUGUCCAGACCCUGGAUGUUCACCAGUGCAGUCUGAGGUGUCUUCCUCCUCCUGAAGUCGAUGACCAUCUCCUUCGUCUUUCUGGCGCUGAACUGAAGGUGGUUUAGCUCACACCAGUCAAAAUGACAGUCCUGUAUUCAAGUUAUUAUGACAUUUUGUUAUUACAAGAUACCAAGUUAUGCCAGUUUGAAAAGAAACUUUAUCUAUUAUUACAACCUGAAAUCACAGAGAUGGUCAUCAGAACAAGAAACUGAUGAAGAUGGGUUUUUUUUUUUCUUUUCUUUUUUUUCAUGAAGGCGGCACAUCACUGCUGUAAUUACUGACAGGACCAGGCAAUUACCAACAGCUUCUAAAGCUGUGCAUAAAUGUGUACAAUACUCUCACUUUAGAGACGCUCAUAUGGACCCUGAUGGCUGCUGUGUGAUGCUGCAGGAAUUUAAUAAACUCAGAAUAAAGACCAAA